AUGGAAAGAAGGGCUCCGAAAAUGAAGGCUGACUCAGUGGACAGCACAAAACAGUUAGCUGAAGUUCAAGGUGAACCGGAAGGCACUGCUGGUACAUCAAUUGAUCUGAUUACUCAAUUGUUGUGUGAACGUUUGAAGAUGAUUCAGUCACAUCGGAAAGAAUGUCAAGCAGCAAUCCAAUUGGCAAAGCAGAUACUUUCGGCGCAGCAGUGGGUGACUGAAGGGAAUCAGCGCGAAAAUCAGGCAUCAGCUUUAAAGAUAUUCCUGGAAUCAAAUCCCCAAGCUGAGGAAGUAAGUUUUCUGCCUACAAAUUCAAUACAUUCACGAACAUAUGACAGCUUUUCACAUUCAAAGUCAAUAACACCAAUAUAG